GGGAGGCUGGCGUUUGAACAACUGGAGAAAGGAAACAUCAUGUUCUACCAAGAAGACCUGGAGCAGUGUGGUCUUGAUGUCACAGAGGUCUCUGUGUUAUCAGGAGUUUGUACACAGAUCUUCAAAAGAGAGAGUGUGAGCUUCGAGAAAACAGUCUACAGCUUUGUUCAUCUGAGCAUUCAGGAGUUUCUGGCUGCAGUCUACAUGUACCACUGUUACACCAGCAGGAAGACAAAGGUACUGAAGGACUUCCUGGGAGAAUCAAAACUAAAGUCUGUCCUCAAGAAAGUUUCAGCUCAUUUCAGAAACAAUCCAUCUGACAGUGAUCAUGGUUUAACAUCUCUGGAUGACUUCCUGAAGAGAGCCAUGGAGAAAUCUUUCAGAAGUAAAAAUGGCCACCUGGACCUGUUUGUCCGCUUCCUUCAUGGCCUCUCUCUGGAGUCCAACCAGAGUCUCUUAGGAGACCUGCUGGGUCAGACAGACAACAGUCCAGAAACCAUCCAGAGAGUCAUCAACAACCUGAAGGAGAUGAACAGUUUGGGUAUCUCUCCGGAGACUCAGACGGAUCCGGAGCUGGAUCGAGGAUCCACGUUAGACAACCGGACAGAAGAUCAGCCAUAG